UUUUUUUCUCCACGUCCAUGUCGUUUAUUGAUAUUUAUAAUUUUCUUCCUUCCCUCUUCCCUCGGGUUUACCAUGUGAGCCUAAUAUUGCCCUUAAUAAAAUCUUUUAAAUUGCGUAUCUCCUGUUCUUUGACUAUGUUCAAAACCAGGAAUUAGUUCAUUCAAAUCUGCAUUGAUUUUUUUUCAAGAAGAGACGGAAAGGUUUCAGCGAGAAGCAUGGGACUCAAACCGAAAAUGGGCGACCUUACCGUGCAAAUGUUAAGAGCUCUGCCACGAAUUGGUCUGUACAAUCUCAAACCAAUCUUAGGGAUGCCAAAACUAAGCAAAAGAGGACGUGGUCAGCAUGGAGGUGAUAAACACGGAUGUGGUAACAAAGGAUCGGGUCAACGCCAGAAUAUCAUGAGACCUGGCUACGAAACAGGGAACCAACCAUUCUAUUUGCUUUUUGGAAAUGAACCAUACUACUACCGCCAUCAUUUACGCCGGCAAUAUCCUCCUUUAUCCCUCUUGCAGCUUCAAACCCUCAUCGACACAGAUCGAAUUGAUGUGGAUAGACCAAUUGAUCUAGCAGCAAUAUGUGCCACAGGCGUGUACAGGUUCUUCCCAAAUAUAAAGCAUUUUGGAAUUAACUUAACAGAUGAGGGGAUUGAUAACUUUAAAGCUAAAGUGAACAUAGAAGUUCAGUGGACCAGUGAACCUGUCAUUGCUGCUAUUGAGAGGAACGGUGGAACCAUAACAACUGCCUACUAUGAUCCCCAUUCCUUGUUCAUUCUGAAGGAUCCACUUAAAUUCUUCGAAAGAGGCGAAGCAAUCCCCAGGAGAAUGAUCCCUCCCCAAGAUGCCAUUAUGUUUUACACGGAUGCCAAGAAUCGAGGGUACCUUGCAGAUCCCGAGAAAAUCUCGUGGGAAAGAUUUGUGUUAGCCCAAAAAUACGGAUACACUCUACCGAAAUUGGAGGAGGACCCUGACUACGAAAUGCUCACUGAAAGGAAAGAUCCCAGACAAAUAUUCUAUGGACUUGAACCAGGCUGGGUCAUCAACCAUCAUGAAAAAGUCAUUCUAAAACCAAAAGAUAAUGAACUGAGGGAGUAUUAUCAACAGUAGAAAUAGUAUCAGUUAUUGGACUUGGGUUUCCUUCUCUCUUGCAAAUGCUUUUUUCCUCAUGUUUAUUCGCCACUCACACAUUAUCACCUCAGCGUUCCUUCAUGAGCUCUCAUGUAAAAAUAUGUACUUCAAUUUUAUUGUUGUCUACACUGUGGUGCGCGGCCGAAUUUACCUUGUUACAAGAGAAAAACUCGAGUCGUGUUUAUGAUUUUCCAUGCCCCUUUUGUGUCAUAUCAGAUGUUGUUCCAUGUUUCCCCCUGUCGUCGAGAUAUAAGUUUUAAGAAAAUUAUACUGACUUAUUUCUGAAUUUUCAAAGUAGGUGUAUGGGCAUUAGCUGAAAUUUGUCUCUGAUUUUCUGAGUUAACCGAUUUUCACUUACCAUGAAAAACAAAACUGACACCACAGUGAAAACUGGGAAAUAUAUUUGCAUUUCAAUACUAUUGUGUUGAUUUACUUUGAAAAUAAUCAGCGUUUUUUUUUUAGCGAGCAGUCGAAAAACUUGGUGUUAGUGCUCAUGCUGCAUAAAACACAAACUUGGCAUAAACAAACAUCCUGAUAGUGCGCAAACUCAGAUUCGAAAAUUCUUUCUUAUUUCCAUAAGUAAUCAUGUUAUUUCACAAGCCAGUGACUGUUUUGUAAAAAUAAUAAAAUUGUAUUUUUUAUGUUGGAUACUUUGUCCUGUC